AUGGCGGGGGUAUCAUGGUCGGCGCGGGGGAGGUUGUCGAUGAUUGUGUUGAUGGUGUUAAUGGGUAUGGCGGUGGAGGCCACUCCACCUGGAAUAGCAUAUCACCCAAGCAAUUCUCAUUGCACUGACGAUGAGAUUAAGCAGUGCAAGAAUCUCCCACAUGUUUGUCCCAAAUUCUGUCCUAAUGGCUGCAUUACGGAGUGUAGGUCUUGCAAGCCUAUUUGCGUUGAUGGCCCGGUCGCCUCCCCUCCCCCUGACUCUCUUCCGCCGCCAUCUCAAGUUCCAUCUCCUAAGCCUCCAACCCCUUCUCCUCCUCCAUCUCCUAAGCCCCAAACGCCUCCUCCAUCUCCAUCUCCAAAGCCACCAACCCCUUCCCCACCUCCAUCUCCUAAGCCGCAAACGCCUCCUCCUUCUCCAUCUCCUAAGCCACCAACCCUUUUUCCUCCUCCAUCUCCUAAGCCGCAAACGCCUUCUCCAUCUCCAUCUCCAAAGCCACCAACCCCUUCCCCACCUCCAUCUCCUAAGCCGCAAACGCCUCCUCCUUCUCCAUCUCCUAAGCCACCAACCCUUUCUCCUCCUCCAUCUCCUAAGCCGCAAACGCCUUCUACAUCUCCAUCCCCUAAGCCGCCAACCCCUUAUCCUCCAUCUCCUAAGCCGCAAACGCCUUCUCCUUCUCCUAAGCCUCCAACCCCUUCUCCUCCUCCAUCUCCUAAGCCCCAAACGCCUUCUCCAUCUCCAUCCCCUAAGCCGCCAACCCCUUAUCCUCCUCCAUCUCCUAAGCCGCAAACGCCUUCUCCUUCUCCAUCCCCUAAGCCACCGACCCCUUCUCCAUCUCCUAAGCCGCCUUCUCCAUCUCCAUCUCCUAAGCCUCCAACCCCUUCUCCUCCUCCAUCUCCUAAGCCGCAAACGCCUUCUCCAUCUCCAUCCCCUAAGCCACCAACCCCUUAUCCUCCAUCUCCUAAGCCGCAAACACCUUCUCCUUCUCCAUCUCCUAAGCCACCAGCCCCUUCUCCUCCUCCAUCUCCUAAACCACAAACACCUUCUCCUUCUCCAUCUCCAUCUCCUAAACCGCCAACCCCUUCUCCUCCUCCAUAUCCUAAGCCGCAAACUCCUUCUCCAUCUUCUCCUCCAUCUCCUAAGCCGCCAACCCCUCCUCCUCCUCCUCCUCCAUAUCCUAAGCCGCAAUCGCCUUCUCCAUCUCCAUCUCAGUGGCCGCCAACCCCCUCCACUACUUCACCAAAAAAAGUUAGGUGUAAGCUCAGUAAAUACCCAUCUUGUUAUGCCGUCGAGCAUCAGUGCCCGCCCGCUUGCCCCGGCGGUUGCCAAGUUGAUUGCGUCACUUGCAAACCAGUCUGCAAAUGUGACAUGCCGGGAGCAGUCUGCCAAGACCCUAGAUUCAUCGGAGCCGACGGCCUUACCUUUUACUUCCAUGGCAAGAAAGACAGAGACUUUUGCCUCGUAACCGACCCUAAUCUCCAUAUCAACGCCCACUUCAUCGGAAGACGAAACCACGGAAUGAAGAGAGACUUUACGUGGGUCCAAUCCAUCGCCAUUCUCUACAACAACCACACCAUCUUCAUCGGCGCCCAGAAAAGCGCCACCUGGGACGACGCCGUGGACCGCCUUUCCCUCUCCUUCGACGGAGAGCCCAUCCUCCUCCCGGACACCGACAGCGCCACGUGGCUCUCCAACUCCGCCCCGGCCGCCAAAAUCACAAGGACCGCCGACACCAACGACGUGACGCUGGAAAUAGAAAACACGGCCACGAUCACGGCCAGGGUGGUUCCGAUAACUCAACAUGAAUCAAGAGUUCACAACUACGGAAUCACGGAAGAAGAUUGCUUCGCCCACCUCGAAUUGGGCUUCAAGUUCUUGUCUUUGAGCAGCGAUGAAGUGGACGGCGUCUUGGGGCAGACGUAUAGGAGGGACUACGUGAGCAGGGUGAAAAUGGGAGUGGCGAUGCCGGUGAUCGGCGGCGAUAAAGAGUUCGCCUCGUCCAGCCUCUUUGCGGAUGAUUGCGCCGUGUCCAAGUUCAACGGCGGAAGAAAGGGAUCGUCUUCGUCGGUUUUGGAGCUGCCCACUAUGAAGUGCAAGAGUGGGAUCUAUGGACGUGGGGUUGUCUGCAAGCGCUAGAGUGGAUUGGAAAAGUUUGAAUCUUCAUGCAUGUUCAU